AUGAGUGCAGAGUUACUGGAUAUAUUGAAAAAUGAGGUUAAAUCAGCAAGAGACAGAAAAGAUGGCGAAAGAUGGGUAAGAAGAAAAGAAGCUUUACGUGCGAGAAAAGGACCACAAUACGCUUUUAGAAAAGAAAGAGCGAGACGACAGAUAGAGACUGCAACAGAGUCAAAGCUCGAAACGGGAUCGCGUAAAUCACCUGCGCAUCCAUCUGGCAUCUCCGCCGGUGAGAGUGAAUGGAGCGGAGUAACUGGAGGGCCUCCAGCUGAGGUGGUACUUCGUCUACAUCCAUCUCCUUCUGCAUAUCCUGGCCAAACUUCACGGACGAACUUGUCGACUGCUGAAAUCGAACGGGAUAAGGCAACUGACUGUCCUCCACCAGAAGUCCUUCUACGAUUACACCCAACAAGAUCUACUCAGCCUGAUAUAACGAUUGCGAAUUUAUCUUUAAAUAAUAUUGAUGGUAGUGGAGUAGUGGUUCGAGCUGAAGAGGCCCUUAUAGUCGCUUUCGUUUUGCUGCUGUGGGUAGCGGCUAUAGCGCUCUUUUUCAACCGUUGGGGCAAGAUCAGGUGCGUCUAUAAACUGAUGUUAGAACCAUACCAGCCAAAAUUCCAACAACAACACCGACAAAGUUGUGCCCUUGCGGAAAACUCUGUUACAGUCCCUCCACACCACCGGGCGUCACUCUCCCGAGGCUGUGUGUCGUACGACUACGGUGGAUCAUUUCCUUCAUAUCAGCCUUGUGGAUACCUUGCUCAUCGUCCUAGACAGAACUCGGUGUUUGUGGGAAGCAUGGGAAUGGCUCUCAUACCUGAGAGUCCACCACGAAGGUCACGUUCGGCAGCUGACCUCCCCGCCCUGGCACCUGACAGCGGUCACACCCCCAGAUCCUCGAGAGCUGCAAGUCUUCAUAGUGCUGUCGACCUUCGAGUGUGUGCUCCAUCCCCCAGGACUUCACGAGCAGCAAGUCUUCAUUCAGAAGCACACGGUUCUGUUCAAGUUCAUGUCAGAGGUUCCACGACCAAUAUAAAUCGGAGCCCUAGACGUUUGACUAUCACUAACGUA